GCUUCGCCGUCGCAGGUUGCAGAGCGGGUGGGAGCCGCUGCGGGCGCGGCACUGCAGCCCCGAGCCUGAGCCCCGGACCCGAACCCCGAACCCAGCCACUGUCCCAGGAGGCCAGGACCCAGAGGAUACCCGCCAAGCCCCGCGGAGGACGCCCGGACCCGCGGGCGCCCGCUAGCCCACGCGCCACCAUGGUGUGCGGGGGCUUCUCGUGCUCCAAGAACUGCCUGUGCGCGCUCAACCUGCUGUACACCCUGGUCAGUCUGCUGCUCAUUGGGAUUGCUGCUUGGGGCAUCGGCUUUGGGCUGAUCUCCAGUCUCCGCGUGGUGGGCGUGGUCAUUGCUGUGGGCAUCUUCCUGUUCCUGAUUGCCUUAGUGGGGCUGAUUGGAGCUGUAAAACACCAUCAGGUGUUGCUAUUUUUUUAUAUGAUUAUUCUCCUACUUGUAUUUAUUGUUCAGUUUUCAGUGUCUUGUGCUUGUUUGGCUCUCAAUCAGGAGCAACAGGGUCAGCUGCUGGAGGUUGGUUGGAACAAUACAGCAAGUGCUCGAAAUGACAUCCAGAGGAACUUGAACUGCUGUGGCUUCCGAAGUUUUAACCCAAAUGACACCUGUCUGGCUAGCUGUGUUAAAAGUAGCCAUAAGUGCUCACCAUGUGCCCCCAUCAUCGGGGAGUAUGCGGGAGAGGUUUUGAGAUUUGUUGGUGGCAUUGGCCUCUUCUUCAGUUUUACAGAGAUCCUGGGUGUUUGGCUGACCUACAGAUACCGAAACCAGAAAGACCCUCGCGCCAACCCGAGUGCUUUCCUGUGACAAGAAAACAAGGAAUAGCUUUCCUGUGUCAAUCUUGUUCACUUUCUCUAAUCUUAAGUUAAACUAAUUUGUUCAUUUGACAAAGGAAACAGUAUCUGAAAACUGCAUUAUCAACAGUGGAAUUUAAUAUUUUACUCUUACGUUCCUCUAAACAUUUCUUUGUUUCAGUUGCUGAAAAAGUUAUGGAAAUUCAUGGUGUUCUCUGACCCUCUGUGGUCUCUGUAAUCUACUGUUCUCAGUGUCCGGCACUAUCCGCUGUGGCCUUUCUUAGCAUUUUUACCUGCUGUAAACUGUGUAUGGCGCCCCUGGGGAGAGGAGAUUGUGAACCCGAAUUUUUAUCUCACCGGGAUAGUUGCUGACCACCGAAGUCAGUUGAAGCCAGAGAGGAAGAGAGUCUGUUGUGUUCUGCUCAUUAGGAGAAGUCUAAGUUCCUGAUACUUUUUAUCUUUUUAGGAAAGCUACAUUGUAGUGAAAAGUCUUAACAUAGAAGUGACCAUUUAGUUCUAGUAGCCUGUCAUGAUUACAUCCAUGUAUUCUAGAAAUAGCUGUGUCUUUAGGAAACUGAAGUCUAACUUUUGACUUUUGUAGUCAAGGGCAAAGGAAAUGCCAUUUGGGAAAUGUUUUGGUGUGUGAUAUUUAUCUUCAGCUUUCAAAAUGGGAUGAGUUUGAGGAAGAUAGAGUGUAUAUCUACAUAAUCUGACAUUCUUUAAGAAAAUAAUUUGAAGUCCAAAGCACUGUAUGUAUAAACAACUUGCUAUCAAAACAUUGGCCAAGGUCCAUAUACCCAAAAGAUAUUGGAUUAUCUUUAAAAAGUAACUUUUUAUUUGGUUUGGUUUGGUUUUUUGAGACAGGGUUUCUUUGUGUAGCCUUGGCUGUCCUAGAACUAGCUCUGUAGGCCAGGCUGGCCUUGAGCUCAGAGGGAUCCGCCUGCCUCUGCUGCCCAGCUGCUGGGAUUAAGGGCAUGUACCACCAUCGCCUGUCAAAAGUAACUUUUUUAAUAACAUUUCUUGGUGACAGCAAAUUGUCAAAUCCAAACAUAUUUGAAUGUACUACCUCCCAUAAGUUAAGAGAGAAGUGUUGUUUGUGGCUCUGUACAUUAAAAAUAAAAGCUGGAAACCUUC